GUCACAAGGCUGUGUAGCAAUGUUUAUUCUCGUUGUCCUUCGGUUGUAAAAAAUAGUCUGAGGAGAAACAACUUUUGCAAGAAUUUCAAAAGGGCAGACGUUCAAACGGUCAAUGUGUCGCCAGCACUACACCAAUUGCUGGUGCUUGUCAGCAGCCAUUAUACAAGAUGACGGCAGAGUUCUUUGAAGAUUAUCAAAAAGCAUCUGUUACGGUCCAAACAUCUUUGAAUACCAUUUACAAUGUGCGAGAUAAUAAUGGAAAAAGAGUUUUUUCAGAUACUUGUGCUUCACAAAUUACACAAAUUGAUUGUGUGCCAAUGUACUGUUCGGCAAAUGAAACAGAGCUCUUGGUAAAUUUAGAUAAGAAAGAUUGCAACAAGCUUGUCGACUCCUGUUUUGACGAACCAUCCAGAAGAUUGUCGAUUUCACCAAGUAUUCGCAUAGUUUUGAAUACUUUAAAAAAUCAGCUUCGCUUGAGCUGCAACAAGUAUCCUGCAUCUUCGUCCGAUCUACGGCCUGAACCCCCAAGGAUUGGUGAAAAGACACCAACUACAACUGGAAACACACCAAAACAACGUGAAAGCCUUCCAACAGCAAAUAGAAACAGAAAAAAAGAGGGUAAAAACACACCAAAGGGAAGUGGAAACACUGUGUACGGAAGGAAUGGAAUUCUUUCCCUUUUCUUUUUUGCACUCUUGAAUGAGAUUUUGAUGGCUUGAACUUUAGGUGUGACAAAGUAUUUAUUGACUUUAAUUUAAUGAACAUGUACACUUUUUUGUACAAAAUUGUGGCAAUGCAAUAAAUUUAAAUGUUUGUCUUUCAACUCAUUAUA